AUGCCCUCCCCAUUCACACUGUUCUUCAUGGCCGUCUUCUUCCUGGAGUCCUUGGCCGCCAUGUUGCAGAAUGGCUUCAUGGUGGCCGUGCUGGGCAGGGAAUGGGUGCAGGGUCGGGCACUGCUCUCAGGGGACAUGAUUGUGGCCUGUGUGGCCGCUUCCCGGCUUGGCCUGCAUAGCAUGUCGUUCUUGAACAACCUCCUGGUCAUUGUGAAUUCCAACGACAGAGUGGGCUACUUGGACAUUUUCUGGGACUUUAGUAAUAUGCUCACCUUCUGGAUGAAUGGCUGGCUCUCCGCCUUUUACUGUGUGAAGAUUGCCUCCUUCUCCCACCCCACCUUCCUCUGGCUCAGGUGGAGACUCUCCCGUGCCAUGCGCGGUCUGCUUCUGGGCUCCCUGACCAUUUCUGUCCUGGCCACCAUCCCCUCAGCCAUCGGGAACACCAUUGUGACUCAGAUGAAGGCCUCCCAGUCUCCUUCCGCCAAUAACAGCUGGGCUGAGCGGGCCAGGUCCUUCCAGCUACGCUUCUUUCUGGUCCAUGAGAUUCUGACGCUCUCACUGCCCUUUCUGCUGUUUCUGGUGUCCACUGCCCUGCUUAUGUUCUCUCUGCACCAGCACCUCAGCCAGAUGAGGGGUGGACGGCAUGGGGUCCCCGAUAUCAGCACCCAGGCCCACACCACGGCCCUGAAAACACUGGCCUUCUUUCUUGUCUUCUACACGUCCUACUUUCUGACCUUGAUUGUGGUCAUUAUGAAGGUCACGCCCCGCCAGCUGUACAAGUACUGGGCCUGUGAGGUGGUCAUUUACGCCUGUAUUUCCUUGCACUCCACCAUCUUGCUGCUCAGCAGCCCCCGGUUCAGGAGGGCCCUGAAGAAUGGAUUGCAGGGCUGUGGAGCCACAAGUGGUGGGGGUCUGGACAGAGGUGGCCAGGUCCCUCCCAAGGGUUCAGAUCAGGGGCUAGUGCGUGUCUGA